CAUUGGUUGAACGUUAACCGUUGGAUCCUCGUGGUUUGCUGACCGGUGACGUCUUUUUAUUUUCUUUUCUCUGUGAGAUGUGGAUCGUGCCCUAUCCAGGAAAGGAGUCCUUCGGUUAAUUAAAAACAUCGAAGAAGUAAUCGUCGGACACACGAUCUCGAACUCGUACAGCCUUCAUGGAAUCGAAUCGUUCGAACGAGCCACGGACGCUCCGGAAUCUCUGCGUAUCUGAUCCCUUUCGUUAACCGAGGACUCACGAUGCUGGAUCCAGUGUUUGGAAUAUCGACAGUGUGGUGGUUAGUGGUGUACGCCAAUAUUCUGCUGCUCUUUUCACCCCUGGUGCUGCUCUUCAUCGUCUUCCUGCCGAAUUUCCCGAUACUGUUGCUCAGGAGGAUGUGCUACAUCCCUAUAGAGUCCAUAUGACACGCCGAGACGUCGACGAUUCCAAGUUUUCCAGCAGUAUGAUUCCGUCGUUACAAUCUAACGUCGAACGAUAACAGAUUUUACCGAAAGAAUUAUAGGUUGAAUUUGCUAGUUUAAAAAACAGAAACCGGUAGAAGGAGCGAUCGUUGAAAUUGUAAAUUAAGAGCACGUUGAAUAGCCCAGAAAGGGUACCAAAUACCUUUCGAACGUCUUCGAACGCAUCAUCGUGAACGCACGAAGGACAUCACGGUGCGUUUAUCAAUUUAGGACGGUGCAUCCGCGAUCAGGUAUACGGUAAAAUCGCCGUCCUUCUGCAGUUCACCGGCUGAUAGAGGCGGGCCUGAUGUUGAACAUUACAGUACCGAUCACGGAGUACUUUCGCCAAGUAACUUACGUAGUGGGGGAGGUAGGACUUGAACCCUGAGACCCCAUGGGCCAUAUAUACUACGGUUCCAUGCAGCUCUCUUGCUACUUGGUGUCAGCUUCUCGACGAUCCCUGCUGUUCUAUAGGGAAGGUACAUUUGAGAGGGAGAACGAUCAAGUAAAAGAUGAAUCUCCUCGUCGUGUUCACGCUGGUUACAUUGGUAAGUGGUGAUCCAGGACUCCUCAGGGUGCCUAAAGUUUACAACGCUGUCAUCACGAGUAAUCAAAAUUUAUCUCCAUCGAGAGCUUACCCGGUGAUACAACCGGUGAUACAUCGAACAGCGGUCGGUUACGUACCGCCCUUUUAUUACACCCAAGUGGCGCCUAAUCUUCCUGGACCGGAAGUGGCGCAUCUUCCGCCAGGAGCGUCGAAACUCAACGAUCAAUCUGACGUCCAAGUCCCAGAACCCACUACUACGGUGGAAGAAUCGAAGCCAACAGACGCGAAGGACAAAGUGGAACCGACGAAUCAAGAUCCAGAGGAGGACAAAGAUGCCUCGAAGCAAGAGGCCAAGGAACAAGAACCGCUCAGCUUCUACCCUAACUACCAAUCGCUCUACUACGAUCCGUAUUUCUAUACUUACAACGGAUAUAAUCCUCACCUGGUCCCAGGGACGUACUACGUCGAUUAUCAACCUUACGGUACUUACGAGCCGAUUCCAGCAUCCACGCCGAAGAACGCCGCGUCUGGACACUUGCUUCCAGCUUAUCACGAGGAGAAGAAAGAGGGUGGCAAAGUGCAGAAAGAAAAAAUACCAGAUGUACCACCGCCACCUCUACCAACGGCUUUGUCGAAAAGUUCUUGAACAGCUUUCUCUAGAAU